UACUCCACAAGGUCCUGGGGAUUUAAGAAGAAAGCAAUUAUGGACGGCCUAUCGGUCGGCGUCAGACGCUCGGCGUUCGAGAAGCUUGCGGAGUUGGCUGUCAAGUCGCCAGCUCAGGAUGCAUCGGGCCUUGACCGUCUCGCUCAGCAGGCGAGACCAGCUCGUCCGAUUGAUGGAACACUCAAUGGUAUACUCAGGAACCAGGCUCCCACGUCUCGAGUCCCUAUGGGAAUCCGUGAACUCGAUGUCCUGCUGGCCCUUUGCAAAGCUGCCUUGUCCGUCAAUGAGCUUGACCACGCUCAGAGGUUAGUUACUCAAUUAUCACAGUAUUUGCCAAAGUCGCCCAGCCAGCUGUUUCGCCCGUCGCCGUUUCUCCAGAGUAUCAAGCCGUCACCGUGGGAGACGCUCUCGCACAGCUUGGCAUCGGCACUGUUGUCCAUGGGUCUGAAGUUCACGAUCUUGCGGAAGGAAGCAGUCGCAGGUCUCACGGGGUAUUUAAACAACUGUGCCGAGGUCAUUAGUUCAGUGACCCCGUUCCAUUACUCUACUUCCGAAGCCGGAGGACGAGGUGUGGUGCAUGAAUCGAUCGCCAUUUUGUCCGUCGCGGUAUCGCUUGUAGGAUUCCUCGAGGCCUCGGCAAAGCACACCGUAUUUUGGACAGCAAGAGAGAAACUUCAGAUCAUCGAUCAUCUGCGAGCCAUGCUCUCCGAAUCGUUUCUGAUUGCAGUGGAAACGGCCUCCUCUACUAUUCGCAAUGCCACUGGGUCUGAUAGCAUUUUCAAGGACUGGAGAAAGUAUACCAGACGAUACUCCGCACACGGGCGGCCUUUGGGCGCCAUGUUGCUCCAGGAAGGCUUCAUGCGCUUUGUGAAAUCCUGUGCGGCAUCGCUCAUCGGGUCGCAGAAUUUGUCCGACGAUCAACUCUUGGAUGAGUAUAUGGCUGGGGUGGGUAUUGCCAAGAGCUAUGAUGAGUCUGAUAUUGCUUUGAUCGAACGUAUUACGGACCUCAUCAGCGAGGAAAUCCACCUUCUGGAGGAUGGCUCGGAUUACCUCCAAGUAGGCUCCCCGUCUCAGCAGAGGCUAGCCUUCGCUGUAAAAGGGGAUGCUCUAGUCGGCUUUCUGAACUGCGUUGUGCUUGGCGAGGAUGCUGCUAAUAAUGACGUCUUGUUAUCCUGGCUUGAGGAAUCUCUAAUCGACGCCCAGCAAAUGGCAUGUGCGGAACUGGCCAUGACAUCGCUGAAGUGCAUGGCAAUUCUCGCUAGAAUGUCCCCAAAUGGCGCCUCGAUUGCAAGGAGGUGUCUGUUAAGGUUUUUGACCCAGGGGGGUGCAUCUAUUGGUUCUGUGGUCGCCGUGGCUGCUCGGUGUCUCGCCCAGGUUCUAAGCAUUCUCUCCGAAGACGCCGUCAUCACUACUCUCUAUUCAUUAGGCAAUGCCCUGAGUCCCAGCCCUAAUGCCGAGCAGUCGGCACAGGAGCAGUUCACGGGGGAUGCUACUGGUACUGCAAACAACCUGGCCUCCUAUGCCCAGCCAAGCAGCGGGAGCCAAGCAUCGAUACCAAUUGUUGCGGAAGAUGACGCCUUGGUCUAUCGAAAUGUUGUUCAUGCUAUCGUGAUUAUUGCCACCAGUUGCGAUGAUGACAAAAUCAGUGCUCUAGCGCAAUCUAUGCUCCUACAGAAAGUUGGCAAGAUAAAUGUUGCUGUGGACGCCUACAUCAUUCAAGAGACGGCCGUUCUCGCUUUGAGCAGUGGCAAAGCCGAGUUCCAGCUUUUGUUGAAAUUCUACGCCCGCAUCUACCUGGACGGAGCCCACAAAGGACUGCAGAUAAUAUCUGAUGCGGUUCAGUGCGCGAUGGCAUACCUCUCUGUGUCCUUGGACCAGCACUCCGCACUCCAUGCACUUUAUCUGACCCAUUUAUUGGAGAGCAUUGUCAACAAGGGAGAUGUUCCUGAUCUCGAUGCCGAACGUCACGCAGAGGUUGUUUUCGCUGCCAGCGAUAUCACCCCUCUAUUGAAACCUCUAGCUCUUCUAGUUUCGUCCGUAAAGCGCUCUCCAGAGACUCCGGAUCCCGUGCUAGACUAUGAUGAUGCCACCUUGUCUUUGUUCCGUGAUGCCUGGUUCAAUAUCGCCAUUCACGGCAUUACGCUCAAUUCCAGUGUCUUCCACGAACAUCACAAUGAACUUCGUUUGCUAGCAAGUCAUUCUCCACCUCUUGUGGCGGAGGAUCGGAUGGAGUUACUCGAGAGCGACGUCGAACUCAAUACCGUGCUAAGGAGAGGCACCGGCCCCCAGCGAGUAUUGGAGCAAAAGCGAACUUUGAUUUCAGAGCUGGCUGGCCGCGAAAACGACGUGAAACGCUUGGAUUACCCCCGAGCCGUCUUCCUAAACGCCGUAUUGUUAGUCGAAAGUCUCCGUGCAUCCUCAGGGGAUUGCACUAAGAUCCUCCGGUACUUCCGUGAUCCUUCUCUAGCCACGCCCGAAAUGGUUGUCUGCAUGAAUUCCGUCGCCGAGAAAACCGUGACUUGUUAUCUUUCACGUACCUUGUCGGAAGAAUAUGACGACUUUUCGGCGCCGUACCUUUCAAAGCAGUUGGCCGCCUACCUCGUAGCCUGCUGCCACCGCAUCGAGCGUGUGCAGAGCAUUGCCACGAUAUGUACGGAUAAGAUCAUCAGUCAAUGUCCCUCUGCGCUCUGCGAGAAGCAUUCUCUUUUCGCUUUGCUUGAGAUCCUGACUGUGAUGUGGACAUCUUGCCUGCAAGGAGAACUAGAUGAGUUUGAGUGGAAGCCAACUCUGGUCUCACCUAUGGGAAUUGUUAAGGUUGGUUUGCCUGAUAACUAUGCGCUCAGAAAAGUGACAUUGGACCGAUUCCUUGUCCGAGCUCGAACAUGGGUGACUGCGGUCUUGAAUAUUGCGCCACUUGAUAUCAAGGGCCUACUUCAGACAUACCUUUCGGAGUAUGAUGAUGAUGGCGGCUAUGGCCAUAUUGCCUUAGGUCGUUCCUUUGCUAUUGAAAUGGGCUCCCUGAUACCGCAGAGUGAUCCACGACUAGGAUCCAUUGAGGGUUACAAUGCACGUGAUGUCAACAUCGCUUCGGACUUCAUGGCUCUUUACACGACUCGUCAGAAAUACCGUCGCCCCGAGGCGCCUUCAUCGAUUGUUCCAGACAACGGAUUCCAUCUUGGCGAUAGUCCGAGAAUUGAAGCAAUCACUGAAUCUGAGUCCGCUGGUGAUAUCGACCACUCCUUAUCUGCUCUCUUUGAACGCAGUAUGAAUGGAGAGGAAAUCCCCUUAAUUGAGGUCAGGGAUGUUCUGCGGCAAGCGGCGGGUCUAAUUUGCAGCAGCAGCAAGCCUCGCCUAUCAGUCGUUCACUACCUGGUGGCCUUGCCAUUUCAAAUCUUCACUAAGGAAAUAAUCAAAUUGGGUGUAUCUCUGUGGCUUGGUGUCAUCCACGAGAACCCUAAUAUCGAGCCACGCAUCCUAGCAGAGGUGGUGGAAGCCUGGGAAAGAAGUAUUAACCGCCGAAAGGGAUUGUUUGAUACAUCCUUUGAAUAUGCCGAUCCGCUACAUACCCAGAUAGAAUUGCUGCCAACAGACAAAGCAUUGAUGCUCCAGAAGCAAGAAGCCGCGCAGAACACACUUUCGCCACAUUUGCGCGUUCUGCAGUUUUUCGAAAGUCAUUUCAACGCCAUCCGCCUCGGCAAUCUGCAGGACCAGCAGUUGUUCGGCCGCUUGAUUAGCAGUACGGUUGUUGGUCUUUCAAAGACCCAGUGUCAUCCUCUGGCUCGAGAGAUCCAUUUCCGCAUCGUCCUCUUCGGUUUGAGCGUCUUGAAACACUUUAGCCCGCGGAACCCCGCUGCAUCUUGGAAGCUUAAAGAUCAAAUCCUGUCUGCCGCGCUGAGCUGGUUUAGACAUCCACCCAGAUGGUCCUUUGGCGGUAACCGACUACAGAUCAAAGCCGAAGACAAAAUCCUUGGCGAUGUUGUCUCUACUUUGCGAAGCGUUGCAGACAUAGCUAGCCAGUCCCAUGGGGCAUACAAGUCUCUUCAAGCCAAGCAGGAGUUGACACAGAUUCUCAUCGAGAAUGAAAGGUCGCGUCUUCGCGUUUGGCUGUUUCCCUUGGAGCCUGAGCGGAAACAUCACAUGCCAUCGCUUGGAGGCAAGCACACUACAGACGGUAUUACAUCUUUCCUUCGACUUGCUUGGACGGAGAGUCCGGGCCUGGCCAUUCAGCUUGCUACCCGGUUCCCAUCGGCGAAAAUGCAAAGCGAUGUCCGGUGGUUGAUCUUGAACUUCCCCGAGAAAGCCAUCCCGGAGGCAAGUGCUUUAGAGAUCAUGUUCGAGUCUUCUCUGCAAUCUGAUGUCAACUUCCAGCUUAAGUACCUACUGUUCUGGGCGCCGGUUAAUCCAACAGAGGCCUUGACUUACUUCUUGCCCGCUUACGGCAACCACCCCUUCAUCCUUCAGUACGCCAUGCGGGCUCUGGAAAGUCAUUCGAUGGAUGUGCGUUUCUACUUUGUACCGCAGCUGGUCCAAGCUCUGCGAUACGACGCCUUAGGCUAUGUCGAGCGCUAUAUUCUAGAGACGGCAAAAUUGUCACAGCUGUUUGCUCACCAGGUGAUUUGGAAUAUGAAAGCCAACUCUUACAAGGAUGAGGAUUCCCAGGUGCCGGAUCCCCUGAAGCCGACAUUGGAUCGGUUCAUUGAGUCUUUGAUCUCAAGCUUCUCUGACGAAGAGCGCAUCUUCUAUGAACGAGAAUUCUCGUUCUUUAAUGAGAUCACGGGUAUCUCUGGUACUCUUCGGCCAUAUAUUAAGAAGAGUAAACCCGAGAAAAAGGAGAAGAUUGAGGAGGAGCUCCGUAAGAUCAAGGUUGAAGUGGGAGUGUAUCUCCCCAGUAACCCUGAUGGUGUGGUGGUGGGUAUUGAUCGAAAAUCCGGCAAGCCCUUACAGAGUCACGCAAAGGCGCCCUACAUGGCAACCUUCCGGAUUCAAAAGACCCGGCCACGGCUGGAAGCUAGUAAAGGAGCUCGUGCCCACAGCGGCGAGUCUCGUCAAGUGGCUAAGCGGUCUUCAUACGCUGAACAGGAGACUUAUGAGGUUUGGCAGUCGGCGAUAUUCAAAGUCGGCGAUGACUGUCGUCAAGACAUGCUCGCUUUGCAGAUGAUUGCAGCCUUCCGUAGCAUCUUCUCCAGUGUCGGGCUCGAUGUUUGGGUCUUCCCCUACCGGGUCACCUCCACAGCUCCUGGUUGUGGCGUGAUCGACGUGUUGCCCAAUUCGAUUUCUCGGGAUAUGCUUGGGCGUGAAGCCGUGAAUGGGUUGUAUGACUACUUUGUUUCCAAGUAUGGAGGUGAAGACUCCAUCAAGUUCCAAGAGGCACGCACCAACUUUGUCAAGAGUAUGGCGGCUUACUCCGUGAUCUCCUAUCUGCUCCAAUUCAAGGACCGACAUAACGGCAACAUCAUGAUUGAUGACGCUGGACACAUCAUCCACAUCGACUUUGGUUUCUGCUUUGACAUUGCCCCCGGUGGUGUGCGUUUCGAGCGGGCACCAUUCAAAUUGACUUCUGAAAUGGUCGCGGUAAUCAGUGGGACUCACGACCCAGCCCAUCAUCCUAGUGGCAAUCCCGGGCUCGGUCUGCCCGGGACGCAUUCGUUCAAUCCAACUGCCACUCAGCCUUACCGCUGGUUUGAGUCGAUGGUUGUCAAGGCCUUCCUAGCCUCGCGCCCAUAUUGCACCAAGCUUUCGCACAUUGUAUCCUUGAUGCUGGAUAGCGGUCUGCCGUGCUUCAAGCCCGAGACCCUCAAGAACUUCCGUGAUCGAUUUGUCUUAGAUAAGAGUGAAAGAGACGCAGCAGAGUACAUGCGGGACUUGGUGAGGAAGUCAUACAUGAGUCGCUCUACCAAGGGAUACGAUCAGUUCCAACUGAUGACCAAUGGCAUCCCCUACUGA